AUGCCUUUCAACACCGCCCUUACCCGAAAGCUCGGGAUUCGAGGUAGAAGCUCACCUAACCUCUGGCAACGAACAUGGUCUUAACAGCGUAUAGUGCCGGUCGUACAAGGUGGCAUGCAAUGGGUUGGCUACGCCGAACUGGCCAGCGCUGUCUCUAACGCAGGCGGCCUCGGAAUCAUCACCGCCCUCACGCAACCCAGCCCCGAGGACCUUCGCAAGGAGAUCCGAAAAUGCAAAUCGUUGACCAAGUACCCCUUCGGUGUCAACUUGACUCUUCUACCCUCCAUCAACCCUCCCGAUUACCCAGCAUACGCCCAAGUCAUCAUCGACGAAGGCGUUCGAAUCGUCGAAACAGCGGGCAAUUCCCCAGGACCUAUCAUCAAGCAAUUGAAAGAGGCGAGCCCCCCUUGUGUGAUUCUCCACAAGUGUACGAGUAUUAGACAUGCUGUGAGCGCUGUGAAGCUCGGCGUAGACUUCCUCAGCAUCGACGGAUUCGAAUGCGCCGGACACGUCGGUGAGACGGACAUCACGAAUCUCAUCUUGCUCUCUCGCGCACGACAAGUCCUCCCAAUCCCCUUCAUUGCUUCGGGGGGUUUCUGCGACGGCCAAGGUCUCGCUGCGGCUUUGAACUUGGGAGCAGAGGGGAUCAACAUGGGAACGAGAUUCAUGUGCACGCUGGAGGCACCGGUCCAUCACAAUAUCAAGGAAGCGAUUGUCAAAGCACAAGAGACAGAUACCAAGCUGGUGCUGCGGAAAUGGAAGAACACAUCGAGAUUGUUCAAGAACAAGGUCUCGAACGAGGCGUAUGAGAUUGAAAGCAAGCCGGAGACCAAGGACUUCGAGGCCGUAGGGCCUCUCGUGAGUGGACAGCGCGGAAGGCAGGUCUUCAUUAACGGAGACCCCGACUUUGGCGUAAGCUAGGGCCCCAACCCUGAAUCAAAUCUGUUGCAUGCUAACGAUACCAGGUCUGGACUGCCGGCCAAGUCGUCGGUCUCAUCAACGACAUCCCAAGCUGCCAGGACCUCCUCAAUAGAAUCGAAAAGGAAGCCGUCGAGAGCUUGUCGAGGGCACAAAGUUUGAUCGUCGACAAGCAGCCCCAGGCCAAACUCUAG